GGGAUGUGUCACGGACACGCGUGUGUCACGAUCGCGCAUACAUUUAUGUCGUGACUGGCCAGAAGGCGCCGUGGCGGGACGAAAGGGGGCGGCAUUCGAGGCUUAGGAGAGCAGACAGGCGCGUAGAUAGGCCAGCUCACGGUGGAGUUUCCGCAGCGAGCUACGGAAUCAUCCCAUGCUCAUAGGUCGCCGCGUGUUGCUCGCGUUCAGAGAGUUCCUCGUCGAUGGUCACGCGAUGUGUCAACGCGAAUAGUGACCGUCAGAGCCAACACUUGACAACGCCACUCGAUCGUAACUCGUUCGAAUAUGAUGGUGCAAUGAAUUCUUACGGAGUUUAAUCGCACGACAGCUUCUAUAGAUAAAGAAAAUCCCGCGUAACUCCGUUUGCAAACUGGUUGUCAGUAUCGAGACGACACGACGAGCUGCUGUGCCUGCUACUCGUGGUGGCGAGUGGCAGUGGUAGUGGUGGUCGUAGCGGUAGUGGUGGUUUCCUAUCGUGGUGGUGUCCGUUGGCAGUCGAGAAUCGUAUCGUGGUGGUGGUGGUGGUAGUGGUGGUGCUGUCAGAGUAGUGCUGCGCCUCGUUCGACGACGGUGGCGAGGGAGAGAAGGAAAAGUGGCCCUCGAGGUUACGAGGCCAGAGGAGAAAGUGGGUGUUGCCGGAGUGACAACGGGAGGAUCAUCCGGGUCCUCGACGCCAGGACUCGUGGAACAGAGGAAUCGGUGUGUAGGAUGCUCGUCGGUCAUCGCUCUAGGAGUCGACGUCUCCUAACCGAGAGCCUGAUCCUUGAUCGUGUGCCUCGUUGCCUCGGACGUUGAAAGGUGGGGACAGGAUGGCAGGAAGGAGCCGGGAACCUCGGCCAGAUCCUGAACGACAGUGUUCAUCCCUCGUGAAUCGUCGCGACGUGCGGAGCUGGUCUUCGUUCGAUUAAAGGGGAGGAUUGGAAGGACGAAGGGUGGAGAGGGGUGGCGUCGCGAGCGGCGUGAUCGAGAUGAGCGAUCUACAGGCCACACUCGAGUUCUCCCUCGAGCUUUGCAAGUUCUACAAUGUCGACCUGUUCCAGCGUGGGUAUUACCAGAUACGAACCGCCCUCAGAGUGUCGCCGAAACUGCCUGUCAAGGUGGAGGUUAACCAGCUGCGGAAUCACUCGUUGGAGGCGCCAGGGACGAGCAAGCGUUUUCAGAUCCUCUACAGAAACGAGGAGGUGACACUCGGCACCUCGGUCCUAUUCCGUGCUCACGUGCUCGUGCACAGUCACAAGAUCGAGGAGGUGCUUUCCCGAACCCACUUCAAUCUCGGCGUCGAGCUAUGGUUCAGCGAGCCAACGCAGCCUGGGAACAUGGCCUGCGUGUCCUCUAGGGCGUUGCAGCUGAACUUCGCGCCCACGAAGGGACUUCACUAUCAUUUGCCGGUGCUCUUCGAUUACUUUCAUCUUGCCGCAGUCUCCAUCACGAUCCAUGCCUGUCUCGUGGCCCUUCAUCAACCCUACAUCAAGAAGAGCAUACUUCAUUAUGUGCAGAGCUGCGCGCCGCGUGGAGGGAAGCCGUGGCUGCAAUUUAAACAGUCUGCAGCGAACGGAGACAACAAUGCCCAGUUAGGAAAUAUCGAAACGACGACGAGAUGCGUCGGCUCGGCCACGAGAAUCCAACACGCGAAACUGGUUCAACAGGAAGUAAUCAGGUUACUUUUGGCCGCAAGGGAAUCUUUGCUCAACGACUUGGCCGAUUUAGCGCGGUUGCUACCUUCUUGCCAGCAAAGGGCGCUCGAGCUCGCUCAGAACACGCACAAAGAAAUUACCAAGUUGCAGAUGAUGGACACGGAGGAAACCGAUAUCGCUCAACUCUGCGCACAAAAUAUCGUUCUCUGGCAACACUUUUUGGAGGUGUUCUCAGGGCGUGAAGCCGUUCAUCAGCACCUUGCGAGGAUCCAUCAUCAAUUGAGGGUGAAACGUUUCGCGGAAGGUUUCUUCGUGUUGGAGAAUCCCAGGACAUCUGCGUGGGGUUGUUACGACGCGAAUUAUCAGUCGUAUCAGGCAGUGAGCGAGGCUGCACGAAGAUCGCGAUAUCUCGCCUCUUUGCCUCCAUUGCCAGUGCAUUGUCCGGAAUUGGACGGAGAUCUUCAUUCCCUGCCUUUGAUCUUCGAGGAUCAGUACGUGGAUAUGAAACAGAGGCACAGAAACAGCGUUCCCGGUAUAGACGACUGCAGCUGCGGAAUCGCAGCGAUUCUCGAGUCUCGAUCCAUGGGCAUCUGGUCGCCAAGGAGCGAAGGUGCAGCCCAGGACAUCGGAUCUGUUCAAGGCCGGCUGAUGCUCACGCCUUCCACGCUUCCUGCCAGGCAUAGCAAAUCCUUGGACCAACUCGGUCCGGAUAUCGCCCAACCAGUUCAACCAAGAACCUCGCCAAAGACUCUUCCUCGAUCGGUGUCCACGCAAUUGUUCCCGAGACAAAGAGGCGGAAACCGAAACGUCACACCGCCAGCGACAGUUCCUUCGAGAGGAAGGCAAAGGUCGACAGCGCCGUCCAGUAGCACGCUUUUCCCUCCUUCAGGCCAGCAAGCCUGCUCCGCGCCAAAUCCAUCCCUUGGAUCGACACCGGUCGUCCCCUUGCCACGUGCCAAAUCCACUCAGAUGUUGGUGCUACCUGGGCAACAGGCCGAUCCUCAGAACACCUCGAUCACGUCGCUCCUUGCGGCCAUGUUUCCCGAACUGCCACCUGGUGGACAGUUGCCCGGUUACAGACCGUCGAACAAAUCGUGCGAACAAACGCUCACCGUGCCCACGUGUUUGGGAACGAUGGACCAUGGCCAGAUGACAGACUGCUGGAACGAGAAUAAGUCUCCCAACGUUGCUGAAGAUUAUCACUCCUUGGACACAAGAAGAAUUCGCCUAGAGCCACGCAGCCAUCGACUAGCAUCACGCCAACCAUUAUCCACGACUACCAACGAUCAAACCAACUUCCUCUCUAACAAGGCAAGCGUCAAUGGCGACACCUUCUUUCCAGAGCAACAGCCUCUUCACACGGCUACCCUGGACAGGGUGACGUAUCGUGGCAAUUCACGCAAACAGACUCAUCAAACGGGCGGCAAAUACAGUCAAACGAACGGACUGGAGUCUCGUAGAUACCACACGAUCGGGAAGACCGGCUCAGGAUUGAAUCAACGAAAUCGAGAGAUCCAGGAGUCGAUGAAUGGCGGAAAUGGAUUGCCUAGCAGUCACUCGAUGAUGGUCGAUCCUCUGUACAAAAGGUCGAAUUACACGUCGACUACCACGGAUUCGUUCUUCUAUCGCACCAACGGCACCAGCGGACGGACACACGGGGAGGCAGAGAGGCCCAGAAGACCGAAGAGCACGGAGAGAUUGGUGGACGACGUCGAUCGUAACGAGUACUGCGACUUCCGGAGGGAAAGGCCGAGGAGAAGAGAAGAAAGGGCCGCUGUCAAGUCGCCUCGAAACGGCGUGACACCGUGUUAUGUCGGAGAGGAGAAGCACAGGAGGCAGCAGAACGAGGAAAAUAAAAUGCAGGAAUUGACCAAUGAGAUGUUCUACAAGGUGAUGACCGCGAUGUCGGAGCCGAAGAAGGAGCAGCAUCGAGUGACUGAGAAGAGGAAGGAUAAGCACGGUCGAAGGCCGCAUUCAGCUCCUGUGCUGGACAUAGAUCAUCCGACUGAGGAGAGCAGGAAGUGCAGCCAUCGAAAUAGGAAACCGGCACCACCGCCUCCGGCUUAUCAGGACCCCGCUGUCGCUCCUUUGCCCAAGUAUCGCCCCCCACCUCCUGUACCUACCACGAACGUUCUGGAGGUGGAGAAUAAUAAUAAGAUUAUUUUGAAGGUGGAGCCCAUCAAAUCUCCCAUGGAGACGCCGGCUACGAACGGCACGACGCCUUCCGACACAUCGAGCGCCGGCGCCCCGGCGCCGAGCGUGAAAAGACUGAGAUGCGCCAGCGUGCCCGUGGCGCAGAACAAGGUGGUAGUGCCACGGAGCGCUGUUUCAUUGCCUUGCAUGCCUAUACGCGACAGCAAGGACAGCCUUAGCAACAAUCUUCCCGUCAUUCCGAACCCGCUCAGCCCGCCGUCCAGCAGACCAAGCAGCCCGACAACCAGCUCCAGCUCCAGCAACCUGACGUCCGAGUGUUCCGGUUGGGUGAGCAGCGGAGACACGUCGAGCUCGGAGCAGCGCAGGAACGCGAAGCUGUCGAGCGAGCAGCUUCGCCAGAAAUUAUCGAGGAUCGUGCCGAGGAAGGAGAGGCCACCCCCGACCAAGGAGAGCGUGGAGGAGCACUCGUACGAGGAGGUGCGCCUCCCUCCGCCGAAGAUGUUCCAGGACGAGCCACCGCCCCCCGAGGAAUUCCGCGACCCCCCUGCCAUCAUCGACAAUCCUCUUUACCACGUUUACGAAACGGUGAAACCGGUCAGGAGCCCGAAACAGACGAAAACCGCCCCCUGCAGCCCUCAGAAGAAUAGGGAGAGGGAGAGGGAGAGGGAGAGCAGGGAUCCUCCGUACGGAGCCAGGGAUAUUUGUCUGGAUUGUUAUCAGGAGGGGAAGGAGAUGUUGCAAUCGACACAGGACGAGGCGAUUAAUUUCAAGAAGUGCAAGGAGGAGUUCAAAAGGCAGAUGAGUUUCUCGGGGAAGAUAUACAGAGAACGAAAGGAAGCGCAGUUGCGUUUCCAUAAACGUGCCCAUUCCUUUGGAUACGGUGACUUCCUGACCCCGUCGUCGGUAAAACCUCUAAGAUCGAAUGUGCCUCUUAGUGAUUAUCCGACCCUGGCCUCGACCAUGCCGUACUUCCACAUCAGCAACGAGUAUCGGCUCUUCUCGCCGGAAGGUGCCCACCUCAUCAUCUGUGUCCAUGGUCUCGACGGCAAUCCAGCUGAUCUUCGUUUGGUCAAGACGUACUUGGAACUCAGUCUUCCCGGGGCGCAUCUAGAUUUUUUAAUGUCCGAGAGAAAUCAGGGUGAUACUUUCUCGGAUUUUGAUACGAUGACCGAUCGAUUGGUAGCCGAGAUUCUCCAUCACAUCGAGACAUCGGGCCUGAAUCCAACGAAAGUGAGCUUUAUCGGACAUUCUUUAGGGACCAUCAUCAUAAGAAGCGCUCUGACGCGGCCUCAAUUACGACCGCUUCUUCCACGUUUACAUACCUUUCUCAGCCUAAGCGGUCCACACUUGGGUACACUGUAUAACACCAGUGGAUUAGUUAAUGCAGGUAUGUGGUUCAUGCAGAAACUGAAGAAAUCCGGCUCGUUGUUACAAUUGGCCAUGAAAGACGCGUCGGAUGUCAGACGAUCGUUCAUGUUCCGCCUCAGCCAGAAGAGCAAUCUCGAAAAGUUCAAACACGUCCUCCUGUGCGGUAGCGCGCAGGAUCGAUACGUGCCCCUUCAUUCCGCUCGUAUAGAGCUGUGCAAAGCCGCUGUGCGGGAUUCGACCGAUCAAGGCGCAGCAUAUCGUGAAAUGGUGCACAACAUCCUCUAUCCAGUGAUGUCCUCCUCGGGGGUGAGUCUGGUCAGAUACGACGUGCACCAUGCGUUGCCGGCUACGGCUAACGCGCUGAUUGGCCGAGCCGCGCACAUCGCCGUCCUCGAUUCCGAGCUUUUCAUCGAGAAGUUCCUGCUGGUCGCCGGUCUGAAGUACUUCAGAUAAGGAAUGGACUGCCUAGCAACGCAAAAGAGUGAAUCGUUAAAUAGAAAAAUGAAAACAAAGAAGAAAAAAAGAAGAAGAUAGUCAAGGAAGAGAGAAAAUAAAAAAAAAACCUAGUCUAAUAAUAGCGAAUUAUUAGCAGCAGGGAGAGAUGAAGAAAAAGAAGAAGAAGAAGAAGAAAAAGAAGGAGAAAGAAAAUAAUAAAUAGAUAAAAUAAAAUAAAAUAAAAUAUCGAGAGCGGAUUCUCGUAACUCUCCGUGUCGUCUUCGAUCGCAUUAGGAUUAAAUUAACCCUCGUCCUGCUCGACAAUUGCCCCGCUUCUCCAAUCUUGAACCGAUUUAAUCGAUCCUCCUCCGCGACGCUUCGCUCCGUUUCUCUUCUUCCAACGAUCCGCACUGAUCGUUAGAUCGAUCGGGAGCGGGGCAAUUCGACGUUUUUACACGAUAAAAAAAAAAAAAAGAAAAAAAAAAAAAAAAGAAAAAAAAGUACGGCCGCAUCGUUCGGAACAACGUGUUUUAGAUAUGAACGUCGUCGAUCGGUUUCUCUCGUUAGGUUCCUAAGUGUCAUUCCAUCGAAGCGUUGGCGGCCAUCGAAGAUGAGCCAACGAAAUCGAGUGCGUCCCCUUCAUUCGCGAUUCAUCCAGCCAAAAAUGAACGAUUCUAACGUAAAGAAAAUGGACCUAUAUAUAUAUAUAUUGAGCGCAAGAAGAACUACGGGCCUACUUGCAUUGUUGUUUCCCGGCAACUGGCUUUCAACUUGAAUGAGAGCAAAAGUGGGAAUGUGUCGGUCAAGAAUUGGUUUCGUAAUGGGUGGUUUGAUGAUUGUUUCAUGCUUUUGUCGUUGUUCGAUGCGAGAAUGCUUUUAGAGGAAAUAGCGUUUGGAAGAAAGCGUGUUGUUUUCUUGAGAAUAUAGUUAGAACUGUGGUGGAAAUUGAUGAUAGUAUUUAGCAUUUGAUUACAUAGUCUCGUAAUUAAAAGAAAAAUUAUUUAUAUAUCUUUGUGGUGUUUUUCUUGAAAAAUUUAUUAAAUUUUAUAUUAGCAAUGACUGUGAAUUGUUGUUUAUUGUAUUUGACGAAAUCAAGAAAUUGUGGAUAUAUUUCGUUUUAACGGAAUUUAUAUAUGUGUUAAAUUACUCUUGUCGAUUGUAAGAAUCGGGAAUACGAAUUGAAAAGUCAGUGAUUUGAAACUUGAAUUGAAUGGGAAUUGAUGAUAUAAUAUCCUAGCGAGAACUGGAAUUGAAACCUCUUUUGCGGUGAUGAUAAAAUGUAAUAAUGUAAUGCUCCGUUUUAUUUUUAUCUAUAUAUUCCAUCUUGUCACGAUAUUAUAAAUAUCUACAUCAUUUAUUUUUUUAUCGAGAUAAAAUCGACCUCCUUAUGUAACAAGUAUCCUAUUCAAUUGAUUGAUAAUUAAGAUAUUUUUUUAAUUUUAUUUUCAUUUAUCUGUUCGAUAUAAAUUUACAAUAUUUUCAAAAUUAGAAAGUAACGCGAUGAUAUUUCAAAAUAAUCAAUAGAAAAUAUCGAUAAUUGUUAUGUAUAGGUAAACAAACAACAUCAAACCAUCCCAAACGCAUCAUCUCGCCCGAUUCGAGUUUUCGGCCUAUUACGAAAUCCGUGGCAAGAAAAAUAAAAGAAGAAUUAGUCGAAUCAGUCAUCGUUCAGAAAUGAAAUAGGGAUAAGGAUCGAUCGAACGAUUCUCGUCACCAUCCAUCAUCGUUGUCAUCGACAUUGAUUUCGAUUACAGAAAAAAUCCGUUUAAUAAUUCAUUCAUCGAAAAAAAAAAAAGAAACGAAGGAUCUCGUUCGAUCACAUCAAUAACGAAACGAGAAAGAGAGAAGAAAAAACUUAUACUCGCCUUUUUUUCCCCCGUUUCUCUUUAAGACUCGAGAGAACGCAGCGACGUUGCGCAUCGCUUGACGGAUUUCACCGUGGCUUCCUUUAUCGUAGCCUGGUGUCAGAACAAAAGAAGAAGAAAAAAAAAAAAAUGAAAAAAAUCUACGUGGAAGAAAAAAAAAAGAGAAAAAUAUCGUACGAAGUACGUUGUAUUUGAAAAAAUAAUAAAAAAAAGAAAAAGGAUUUAAAAGACAAUGCAGGGAUACAUUGUCUAGACGCUAGGAAAGUUACGAAACGCAUGUCAAUUGUUACUCUCAGAUAAGUGUGAGUGCGUGCGGUGUGCGGAGGAUGGAUGAGACGCGUAAUGUAUGAAAGGGAGAGAGAAAGAGAGAGAGAGAGAGAGUAUUCUAAUUUAAAAAAAGAAACGAAACACACAAAUAAAGAAAAAAAAAAGAAUAAAAUAAAAUGGCAACGUAACGUUUUAAAGAAGAGAAAGAAGAAAAGUGAAGAGAUAUGACAAGGAAUCAUCGAGAUUGUGAUAAGAAGAGGACACAAAAGAAUCGAGAUAAAAAAUGGAGAAGAUUGAAGAUUUUUAAAUGGUGUUUUGAGUUCGAAUGGUGAAAGUGAAAAAUUGAAAAUGGUGAGAAAUCGACGAACAGGAGCAAGACGAGGAGGAGAAUAGAAAGAGAGACGAGUCAAGUGACUAAAUAUUUUCAGGUAUAUGAAAUCCCUCCAAUACUAGAUCUCAAUUGCUCAGAACAAUCUAAUUAAAAAAAAAAAAAAAAGGAAAUAAAAAAAAAUAUAAUAAAAAAAAAAA